CCGCUUCAUUCGACAACGUCCGCCUUCCUGUCACCAUCGGCGAGAAGACAUUCUGGCACUCAAGCUGCAAGGCUGAGCGAGAACGGCUUGACAAGAUGGCCGAGUUAAGGAAAAAGUACACCGUCGGGGCCGACCAGGUGGUGAUAAAAAGCGCGCCAAAGCUGGACAUCAUAGUCCACGUUGUUCUGCCGGCACCAAUGCGCGGAUUUAAAGAUCUUGACCCCUCAGAUGUCGACGUGAAGGCCCUGCUCUCCCGAAUUGCCGGAGAGCAUGAUGCCGUGGCUGAGGUAGAGACCAGUGGCCCUGCCGUCACCGUCACGGUGAGAGCCGCGAACAGGGCAAAAGCUCAAGAUGUCGUCACGAGCAUUCGAUCCAAGCUCAGGUACCAGCCUGGAGAGGACGGCGUGUGGCGCGCCCGACUGCUGGUCCACCCUCCGACGGGUGGAAAGAACUGCUUCACGGCAGUUAUCCAGCCCCAGAAGGGCACCGUCGGUCGGCGUAUCGUCGCAAUGUCCGAGGAACCGAAGCCGAGCGACUCAAAUGAGAAAGUCGCACUGCAGCUUGAAUAUGCGAAGCAGCUGACCCAGGCCAUCAACCGCGCGGGGUCUAUCUUGCUUUCCAACCCCAAUGCCAUGCAUAUGAGAGUGCGAUUUGGGACCCUUGUUCUGGACGAGUGGAAAAAGGAUCAGGCAGAUUACAGCUUCGUCGAUCUAUGCAACCUCGUUCACCGGGUUGGCACCAGGGGCACAGCUCGCAUGGUCGAUCGGGUCGGCAAGAAGGCCAUAAAGGCACUUCGUGACAAUCUUUCUCAAUCGAAUAGGGACCUACCGGCUUCGGUGCGGAGCUACCUCGAGAUUGAGCCAGUGCAGACCGAUUCCCUGAUUUUCAAGACCAAGAACCUACGUGUUGAGUCAACCUUCGAGAAGGUGCGGGGCCAGGGCAAGUAUGAAGAGAAGAUAGGACAGAUAGUCCAGUAUACACUGGGUCCCCUUACGCCAAACCAGCAGGAGAAGCAGCAACGGGCGCUAGAGAUUACGACCGCGUGCCCGGAGGGUGCCCAUGACUGGGUCCUUGAAGUCCGUAAGGAGAAUUCCGAACAGGACACAGAAGCUGCGCCUCCGUUCACUGUGGAUGAAUUGCACAAGGUUCUCAAAUUCCAGCGCGCUGCCCUCGGCGAAGACUUUCCGGUGAUCACUAUUCCGAAGUAUUUCCUCCGCACGCACGAAAUUGAAGAUAUCUACGGCAAGAGGACCUGGCUCUAUACCCUGAGCACGAAAUACUUGCUGGAGAUCAGCUUGAUCCACGAGUUUGGACAGAAGGCGCCGAACCAAGCUGAUACCAUAUCGACAACCGCCACUACAGGUAGCGUGACGCUGUACAGCGAGGACUGGGAUGACGACAUGCGUGCUGGUGCUGGCGUGCCACGGCAAUGGGACGCCUCCUUCGCAGAGCAGUUUUUCAUGCCAUAUGACGGGGACAUAGCCCCAGGCGAGGAUCACAACCAGACGACCCAGCCUCUUGACCAUUUUCUCCUCUGGGUCAAGUGGAUUCGGACUGUCCUCGACGAUGCCUCCGACCAGCACGCCGAGGCUAGUAGCGCCAUGUGAUGGCUGGAGCGAUGAGUCCAACGGCGGCCAAUCCCGACAAAACGUUCAGUCGGCAAUCAAUCAUCCAAAUCCGUCGAGAAGUCGAUCUCCAUUGCAGCCUUUUGGCGAGGAGGGAACGAAAAGCGCGUACGGCUAAGUGUCUGGAUCACUCUUCACGGUUAGAGCAACCUCAACUGGUGAUGAAAAGGGACGAUGCGAUGCAUGUACCAGGAAGAAGGGAAACGGGGAAUGACAGGGGCCUCAUGACAUUCUGUUUGGACG